AUGCCGACUGCGUUCCCGCCAGGGAGCCCGGGACCCGUUCCCGAGCGUCUGCACAAGAUGCCGAGCAGCUCAGCGAUGGGGAUGGAGGAUGGAGGCGGAGCGGACGAGAACAUGGUCUUCGACUCAAGUAGCGACGAAGCUGCAUACUACCGCGAUAAGUAUCGGCGCGUAGCCGACUUUCUUGAGGAAACACGAGCUGAGCUUGAUGAGUUUCAGGCAUCUUCGAAGGAGCUUGAAGAUGAGCUUGAGAAGGAGCUGGCGGCGACGGAGAAGCAGCAGGCGGAGCUGAAGGACCGCAUAAAACGACUAGAGGGAGAGAAGGAGGAAUGGAAGGCCAAGCAUAUUGGUGCGCAGAAGAUGCAUAGCUCGACUGUGUCGGCGAUGCAGCGUGAAAUGGACAAUCUUCGCUCUGAGCGAGACAAGACUCUGGUUGCAUUGAGGGAUCUCGAGAUGGGGAAUGACGAGCUCGAGAGGAAUGAACGAGUCGCAGUAUCGUCCCUUCUCGACCUGGAAAGCAAGUAUAAUCGAGCCAUCGAGGAGAAGACGUUGCUCGAACAGGAGGUCGUGCAAAAGGCAGAGGUCGAAGAGGAGUUCCAGCGCAUGAAGGACGAGCUAAGAGACGCAAACGAUCAGAUCUCCAUUCUGCGGGAUCAGCUCUCUCGGACCGCCCUACCUACCCCUCCAUCCUCCAUAUCGGUCCCACUCUCACCUUCCCGCUCCGCGAUCGACCUUCCAGAAAACGAAACCGCCGAUAUCUCCACCACGACCGUCGAGGCCCCUUCAUCCCCAUCGGCAGCCCCUUCUCCAGGACCUGUCCCGCUGCCAAAGGUCAUCUCUCGAUCCGGAUCGGGCCUGUCUGGCGUCUCGCCCACUCUGCGCCGCGCCACGACUCAAAUCCCGGGGACCCCUCUCGGCGGUAUGGCGCGAUCUCACACUGCUCGUAAUCUCGCUGCUGCUUCUACAAAUAUCGGCUCGCCGAGUCUCUCUCGCAGCCGGUCGGGUAUACCUCAGCCAUCACCUAUGCGCGCGCCUUCCGAGCAGAAGUAUCCCCUCUCGAGAGCUGCCAAGAUGGUCACAGACCUGAGGAGGCGGAUCAAGGCGACAGACGAUCGGAUGGGCGGAAAGGCGACGCGCAGGGUGGUUUCCAACCCGUCGGCCGAGAAUACCGCUGGACCGAACACCGGGACGGCGGGCAAAGCUGCAGCAGCCAAGCCUGUCAACUCUCGCCUAGCCGCGUUGUCGAACGACUCGGUGCGGACACCGGUAUCGGGCAAUGCGGCAUCGAGCAUACUCUCCCCAAACGGCUGGAUACUAGUUGAUGAGCCGGACUCGGGCGUCGGUGAGGAUGGGACCCCAACUCCCCAUCCUUCCGGGUUAGGUAUGGGUAUGGCGUCCAGCCGAGCCGACCCUAUCUCGCCGCUGGACAGUAUGCAGAUGGCGCAGCAUCCCCGUGCCGUCUCCAACGCCUCGACAGCUACCACGUCUCGGGGUCUCCCCGCUCGGCCAUCGAUUCCAUCACCGCUGAUGACCCUCGCUGCAGCUCGUCAGGACGGCGGUGGUGGGGGUCAUGGAACACCCACACCCCACUCGCAUAUCCCUACCAACUCCUCCUCCCUCGCCAAGUCUACCACCCCCACUACCGCCCGCCCCCCAUCCCGGUCCACCAUGUCCCAGCCGUCCCGCGCCCCCAGCCGGUCAGAAGGGGCUCGACCGCCUUCCCGGAGCGCCCUCGCUUCCUCAACUGCGCGAGGCCCUACCGCAUCCAGCUCCGCCCGCUCCGUCAGCCGCUCCAUUCGCCCCAUGUCCCCCGCGACAGCAACAGGAUCAAGCAUGAUGUCUCCCUCUGCAUACUCCCGUUCCGGCGCCCGCUCACCCGGUCCUAAUACCCUCCAAACCCUCUCCGCGUCGGUAUCCUCCUCCUCACGUCGACCAUCUACCGCCGGCCAAGGUCUUGGUCGAGGUCCCCCGCCUACCUCCGCGCUCAACACCUCGGUCCGGCGGCAGCUCAGCAUGUCCGUGUCGAGCUCGUCGCCCUCUGUUGCGGGUGCCCGAGGUACUACUGCUACCACACCCUCGCGAAUCCCUGUCUCUGAGAGCACGGACCUCCGACGUCGGCGAUCCAGUAUGGGCCCGGGCAAAGAGGUCGACGGACCAGCUGGCGCAGAAGGAGAAGGCUACUUCAAUCUCGCCAAGUCUCAAGGUGGUUACGCGACCCCUGGGCGCACACCGCCCGCUACGGGUCUGAGCCAUAGUCAUGGGCCCGGAGGAAAGGGGAGGCCGGUCAGCGUACCGCACUUUGGGACACCGCCACCUGACGUGCCAAGGAUACCGAGUAUGCACUUGAAGGAGAAGAGGCGGACAUUGCAGCAAGGCUGA